UACGACGAAUUCUUCGUGUGCGGGUACAUGGCGACAAGAGCGAAGAGGAAGAAUUGAUAGACGCAUGGCGGCAGUUGAUGAACACAAUCGUUGAGUCGAUGAAACGAGGCUAUGAAGGAUGCGCAUCUCAGAAAACUCCGAUGCGACUCAGCAUUACGAAUAGUAUCAUCUCUAUGGCAUCAUUGCGAUCCGGACGUAGUCGAUCAGCUUCACACUUUUUGGAGCCCACUCUUUCUCCCGUCAUAGCUCAGGCAAUUCCUCACCAACCCUACAUUGUCGCAGUAGAAGUAUUUUACGAGCGAGACCGCAACGAUGUAGUUAUGACUAUACCAAUAGGCGUAGGUAAGACUUUGCGCUUUCCCCUUUUAUAUGAUAAGUUCUUCCCCUCAAAGAAAAAUAUAUUAGGCUCAAUAAAACUCUGUCUUAUUUUAAAUAAAACGCUUUUAGGCUGAGU